UGUCCCUUAUAAAUAGAGCGUUCAGAGGCAGAGACCUCACAUCUCCUUCGUCAGGUCUGCAGAAUCUCCUUCUAGAGACAGGAAGACAUGUGGAUUUCUACACUUUGCUUAUCAGCCUUGCUUAUGGUGCAUGUGGUCCAGAUUCAGGCGGCGGUUAAUCCAUUGGCCGGUAUAUCCACUGAGAGCCCCGACGUGCAGAAACGUAUUGUUGACAUCAUAAAUGGAUACAGAAGGGGUGUUACACCGACUGCCCGAAACAUGGUGAAAGUGUCAUGGAGCCCGGAAGCUGCAAAGAUUGCCUUAAGGUGGGCCCAAACCUGUUCCUUCGAACACAGCAUUCCGUCAGAAAGAGAACUGCCAGAUUGCGGCUGUGGGGAAAACCUUUUCAUGGCCUCAUACGCAGCCAGCUGGGAGGAAGCAUUUAAAGCAUUCUAUGACGAAGUAAAUAAUUUUGAGUUUGGAAAAGGACAAAAGACAGAGGGCGUCAUGAUUGGACACUACACCCAGCUUGUCUGGUACAACUCCCACUUGACUGGAUGUGCGGUUGUUCAAUGUGCUGACAAGAAAUACAAAUACUUCUACGUGUGCAAUCACUGCCCAGCAGGAAACGUGGGCUCCUUAAGUUAUCCAUACACCGCUGGACCGAAAUGUGGAGACUGCCCCAAUAACUGCGAUGACGGCUUGUGUACAAAUCCUUGUCUAAAAUGUAACGUUUACAAUAACUGUAAAGGUUUGAAGCAAUACUGCAGUCACCCGCAGAUCAGGGAUGGAUGCAAAGCGUCAUGCACAUGCACAACUGAAAUCAUAUAACAUCCUCUCUCUACGUAUAUUUUCAUGGGGAAAAAUUAAGUAGCAGUUUGUUUCUAUUUGUAAGCAAAUAAAAGCAAUUCUAAAUGAAA